UCAAAUAAUCCGCGUAAUUUAGACAAGUCAUUAAUUAUUUAUGCGUGAUAAAGCGUAUUAAAUAUUUUUUUAGUGUGUUCAUUUGACGAGGCCGUCAAAAUGGGCAGAAUAAUGUCACUAAUAAUAAAACUGACGAUACUGUCAGUUUUGUUGACACUCGUCAAAACUGAUUUUCCGUUGGAUUUCGAUGUACCCGACGUAGAAAUUGAACGCAGUGAUUCUGAAACUAUGUUUAGAUUGCCAGAAGACCUAGAUCCCAUACAUUACGAUUCGGAGAUAAUUCCAUACUUUGAGGCCACUGCUAAUAGAGAAGCAUUUACGUUUGACGGUUUGGUUACAAUUUAUGUCAGAGCUACAAGGAGCGGUAUCAACUCUCUUAUAGUUCAAGAAAAUGUACGAGAAAUCCUUCACAUAACACUCACAGACGAGGCUAAUGUGCCGAUAAUUCUCAAUCCCAUGAAUCCUUUUGAACGUCUCCGUCAAUUUCACUUUUUACGAAUCAACUUACGAGAUGGAGUUACGUUAGAGAACAAUCGUGUGUACAAACUGACUAUUGGAUAUUUGGGAAAUAUUAACGAAACACCUUUAUCAAGAGGUGUAUUUAGAGGUAGUUAUGUAGGAAGUGAUGGAAGGCUUCACUGGUAUGCCGCAACACAUUUACAGCCAACUAACUCUAGACAGGUCUUCCCAAGCUUCGAUGAGCCUGGAUUUAAGUCUACAUUCAACAUUACUAUUUACCGACCUAUUCAUUUCACUGAAAGUUACUCUAAUAUGAGGAUCGCUGAGAGCACUGUUGUCGGUGAUAGAGUAAAGGAAGUGUUCCAUCAAACACCAAGAAUGUCUGCUUACCUAGUAACAUUCCAUAUAAGUGAAGAAUUUACAGUCAUAGCUGAUAAUAAUGAUGCAACUAGACCGUACCGUAUUCUCGCGCGACCCAAUGCUCGAGGACAAGGAGAAUAUGCUCUGGCAGUUGGGCCACCACUAACACGUUGGUUCGAGGAGUACUUCGGUAUCGACUAUUAUACAAUGGGACAAGAUAUGAAAAAUGACCAAAUUGCUGUACCAGAUUGGGCUUCUGGAGCAACAGAAAAUUGGGGUUUCGUUUCCUAUAGAGAAGUUCGUCUGCUGUACGAAGAAGGUGAGACUAAUGCCUUGGAUAAAAAAUACAUUGCAACAAUCACGGCUCACGAGUUAGCCCACAAAUGGUUCGGUAAUCUCGUCACCUGCCGCUGGUGGGACAAUGUUUGGAUCAACGAAGGCUUUGCGAGUUAUUUUGAAUACUUCGCGAUGGAUGGGGUUGAUCCCUCAAUGGAAUUAGAAGCGCAAUUCAACGUGUUCUACUUACAAAGCGCGUUGUCAGCCGAUCAGUCAGCUUCGACUAGAGCUCUACAGCAUACAGUGAAUACGCCAGCUCAAGUAACUGGACAUUUCUCUGGUAUAAGCUACAGCAAGGGUGCCUCUCUGCUACUCAUGUUAAAGCACUUCGUCACUGAGAACACUUUCAGAAAGGCGUUAAACUAUUUCUUGGUUGACAGAUCUUACGAACACGCUUUUCCGUUCCACUUAUACGAGAGCUUUGCAAAAGCCGUCGCUGAGGAUGGUACAGUGGACAGUCGUAUUAAUAUUACAGAGUUCAUGAGGUACUGGGUAGAAGAGCGUGGGUACCCUGUACUGAACGUCAACGUCAACAUGAAUACUGGCUUGAUUGAACUCACACAGGAGAGAUUCUUCAUCAGUGCGUCAGCACAGACUACUGAUCAAGCAUGGCAUCUUCCCCUCACGUAUACAGCUGGUGGCAAUCCAAACUGGAACAAUCUCAAAGCCAGUGAGGUGAUGACUGGCAAGACUCAUCGUAUUCAGAAGGAGGCGAGACACGAAUGGGUCAUUUUUAAUCUACAGCAAAAAGGUAUUUAUAGGGUGAACUAUGACACUCAUAACUGGGAAAUGAUAGCUAGUGCUCUUAAACAAAAUCGGGAUAGUAUACACUAUUUAAACAGAGCACAGAUCGUAGAUGACGUUUUCGCCCUGAUGAGAUCAGAAAGAAUCACAUUCAAUCUUGGAUUCCAAAUCUUAGAUUUCUUGAAGGAUGAGACUAACUUUUUCGUGUGGUAUCCAGCUGUCAGCGGGUUUACCUGGUUAAGGAAUCGGUUCUUGCAUUUACCAGAUACACUAGCGGAGUUCGAUGCAAUCCUGUUAGGAUACUUGAACGCCGUGAUCAAUGAACUAGGAUAUGACGUCAGACCAACCGAUUCUCAUACGACCAUUUUAAAUAGAUUCUUUGUAUUAGCCUAUGCUUGCAAUAUUGGACAUGAAGGAUGUCUUAACAAUGCGGUUGAGAAGUUUGUAGCUUUAAGAACAAACGGAGUGAGUGUCAACCCUAAUUUGAGAAGACAUGUUUUCUGCGAGGGUCUCCGUGACGGCGGUUACGAGGAUUGGUUCUACCUCUACCAGCGGCGACUGAACUCUAACAAUAUGGGCGAUCAAGUCGCAAUGCUUAGAGCCUUGGGAUGCACUACUAACGAAAGAGCAAUACAAGAAUUCCUAGAAAUGGUUCUCAGUGAUAAUGUUAAAGCACAAGACAGAGUAAAUGCCUUAACUUUCCUGUAUAUGGGAAAUCGUAACAACGCCAAGGUUGCUCUCCAGUUUGUAAAGCAAAGAGUCAAUGAUAUUAGACGAGCGGUCGUUCUGCCAGCUUGGUUCGACAAUGUCCUCAUUAACUUGGCAAGUUAUUUGGACGAAGAAGGUCUUCAAGACAUGGAGUCUUGGCUCAGAGCGAACCAGGCGACUGUUCCUGAGUUCCAGACUGGAUUGAAUGCUAUCACAUCAGCUCGCACUAAUAUGCAAUGGGGUACAGACAGAGCUAGUGCGAUAUUGAGAGCUGCUAGAGGCUCGGCUGCGGCGGCUGUGCCCACUGUCAUGCUGCUACUAACUACACUAAUCGCAAUGAUGCUUAGAUAGAUUUAAAUCAUAUUAAGAGCGAACGCACAACUUUGAUUAAAUUAUCGCAUAAUCGUUGUGCGAUUGUCGAUUGUUCCGCAACUCAACUGCUUAGUUACACAACUAAAAGUCGAGUAGUAACUUCUUAUAAACUCAUAGCAAUCAAAGCCAGACUAAACAGUUGUGCGAUAGUUUUGUCACGCUCUAAGAUUUUAAAUAAAUGUCUAGCUGUAAAUAAUUUAUA